ACCCACAGACAGACACAAGUCUCCCGUAAAGAGCAGACGGUCUCACUUUUAUCAGACAGAUAUAACGAACCUCAGCAUUUAUUCUUCACAUUCACCUUAAGGUGCAUUAAGAUCAAGAGUGAACGGAUUCGGAUCUUCCGGUUUUUUUAUUUUUAUUUUUACCGGAAAUUCAUUUCUAAAUAAUUUACCGCAACGCUACCAAGGGCAGGCUGCAGAGAAUGCCGCCGACGAUCAUUUAAAUAUUUUUAGUGUCGCAUUUUUAUCAUUGUAUUAUUUAUUUUUUUUUUUGCAUUGCGAUUGUUUUAUGAGCUACAUUUCUGAAUGCAAAUCUCUCCAUGGAAAUUAAUUUGCGUAAAAUCCGCUGAUCGUAACUGCGCACACCAUCAUCAUCAUCAUCUUCAUCCAACAGCAACCCGGCAGAGGACACAAGCAGGAUGGAGCAGCUCAGUCAGUGGCUCUGGAAGCAGGAGUACUGGCUUCCUCCGGGAAUCAGCUGGGAUGAUAUGGAGGAGAUGGAGGGCUCUCGGCGUCCUCUCCCGCGGGAUCUGCUCCUGGCUCUGCCUCUGGCUCUGGGAUUCAUCAUGCUUCGUUACGCCUUUGAGAGGCUCUCUCUCUUUCCUCUCAGCAGAGUUUUAGGAGUGAAAGAUCAAGUUCGGUUGAAAGUCGCUCCUGUCCCAAAUUUAGAGGCAUUUUACACUAAAAACAGCAGACAGCCGACAAAGAGCGAGAUCACCGGCCUGGUUAACCAGUGCAACCUGACUCACAGACAAGUGGAGACCUGGUUUCGUAACCGAAGAAACCUGGACCGACCCAGCAACAGUAAGAAGUUUUGCGAGGCCAGCUGGAGGUUUGUGUUCUACCUGGUCUCUUUCACCGCGGGAUCGGCGUCUUUAAUUAACACGCCGUGGUUCUGGGAUCAGAGAGAGUGCUGGAGAGGAUUUCCUCAGCAGCCGCUUCAGGACGCUCACUACUGGUACUACAUGCUGGAGCUGGGCUUCUACUGGUCUCUGCUGCUCUGUGUGUCCGUGGACGUCAAGAGAAAAGAUUUCAAGGAACAGAUCGUGCAUCACUUCGCCACCAUCUUCUUGCUGGGUUUCUCGUACUGCUCUAACUACGUCCGGAUCGGGACGCUGGUGAUGCUCGUCCACGACUCAUCCGACUUCCUGCUGGAGUCUGCUAAGAUGUUCAACUACGCCGGCUGGAAGAAGACCUGUGAUUCAUUGUUUGUGGUUUUUGCGGCCGUGUUCCUGGUCACCCGUCUGCUUGUGUUUCCCAGCAAGAUCAUCUACACCACCCUGGUCUUGUCUAUGGAGGUGUUUGAGCCGUUUCUGGGCUAUUAUUUCUUUAAUGCUCUGCUGCUGGUGCUGCAGGCUCUUCAUGUUUACUGGGCUUAUCUGAUCCUCAGGAUGAUCUACAAGUUUCUCUUCUUAGGGAAACUGGACAAGGACGAGCGCAGCGAUGUUGAAAGUGAACCGGAGGAGGAGGACGAGGAGGAGAACGAGGAAGAGGAAGAGACGGAGGAAGAUCGCUCCUCCUGGAGGAAGAGGAAGGUGGUCCUGGACUCCAGGCUGGCGAUGCUCAGCUCCAGCUGUGUCUUGAAUAACUUGACUAAUCAGAAAGCCGACGCGAACAGAAGACUGCCGAAAGCCAGAUAGCGGCCUUCGUACGUAACUGAGACAGAGAGAGGCAGAUCAAACACAUUCUCCUCAUUUAGGCGCACCUUAUAUCACCACCAGAAGAGUAGAGUUGAAUGGAAAUAAAGACUCGCUGUUCGUUUAGCUCAUGACGGAUCAGUAAUAACGCUCGCUCUGUAAUCAGUAGGCUAUAAAUGACUCUUAACUCUAUUUAUUGUGCACUUGUUUGAUGAAAGUACUCUGGUUGCAAUGAAUGAUUUGUUUUGUAAAUAUGGCUGUAGAUUUGAUUUUGAAUGUCAAUAUGGAACAUGUUUUAAUGUACUCUGGUAGAAUAUAUGAAUAUAUUGUGAAA